UGACCACUGAGCAGCCGGCACCUCAUUCGGGGCGUCCAUGCCACGAUGGAGCCCCGAUUGCUUGUCUGGCAAUUGCGAACGUCCCCAGUUUUUCACGGCCAAUGAAGCAUGCCAUUGAAGCAGCCGGGCGGGCCAGGGCCAAGCGAAUCUCGGCCUGGGAGGGAAGCAUUUGGUUUUUUUCCCUUUUCUGAUGUUUCUGCGACUCAUUCCUACCGACCCCCCACUCCCGUCCCUCCUUCUUGCAGGUUGCGAGACUUGUUCAACACCCGGCCUCGCUGUCCCUCCCGACGACCCCAGCGUCAUGUCAUGGCUCUCCUGGACGUCGCUGGUGCCCACCCUUCUUAUCAUCUCCGCCAGUCUCGCCUGGUGGUUCACCGAACCUAAGAACGCCCGCAUUAACCUAAUCGCUGCCGCUGGCGCCGCCCUCUUCUGCUGGGCUGUCGCUCCCGAGUUGUGUCGCGAUCUCUCCUACUCGGUCUACGCCCUGACCGUCGACGCCGUCGCCGCCCUCCGUCUCGAGCUUAUCAUCCUGAGGAAUGCGAAGAUGUUGGUAACGGGCGUUGCUGUUGUUUGGCUGGCUCGGAGAGCGUGGCAGACCUUAUGGAAGCCGGUCCCCGAGCUGAUCAACAUCCUCGGCGUCGAUGUCCCCGAUCCACCCGACGUGUCGCUAGCCGAUAUCCGAGCCGACGCCGCCACCGUGAACUGGACGCGCGCACCGGCGAACCGGUCCGUACAGAAGUUUCUGAUCCAGGUGAACGGCGUGGUUGUGGGAGAGGUCGCUGCAAACCAGGAACCCGCCAUCGUUGUGAGUGGCCUGAAGCCAGAUCAUUUCUACAAUGUGCGCGUGAUUGCCGUCGGCUCCAACAACUUCCAAGCCGGCAGCCGGGUCAUCCGGCUGAGGACGUUUGCCCGCGAUGGACGACCACAGCUUGGGAAUUCGCGACUCCCAUCUAAUUUUAUUCCGGAGGAGCCGCGGGCCUCUACAUCCAACGACAUGGGCGACGACGCUGGAGGGGGUCGCAGUCCCUUCCCUGCAUUGGAGAUCCCAACGGUCCAGGAACCGACUAUCUCACCUGUCAGGGAUAUGAAUUCUGCGGGUGGUCCAGGGCCACGACGGAAUACGGUUACGCGUAAGCAUUCGCCAUCCACUACGAGCCUCGACCAGCCGAUACGGGAAGAAGUCAACGCGGAUCCCAAACAAAUCCUACCGGUGCUCACAGAAAAAUUUGAGAGCAUCCGGAAGGAAACGGAAGACGUGUUGGCGUUAAUUGCUAGAGAAGAGGGCGAUAAUAGGCUGUUAAUGGGGGAAUUGGAAACGGAAAAGCGAGGGAAGCGGAAGGAACAGAAAAAGAAGGAGGAACAGACGGAAAGGCUGAAGAAGGAUGUGCACGCAACCGACCGGGCAAUGCGUAACGCCAUGCAACGCAAAGCGCAGAAGGAGAAGGCCCUCAAAGAGAAGCAAAAUGAGCGGACCAAAUUCCACGACAACAUCGCCAAGUGGGAGAAGGGUGUGGAGGAGCUACACAAGGAGCGAGAGAAGUUUGGCCAGCAGGUGACGGAGCUGGAGGAAGACCGGGACAAGAAGGUCGAACAGUCUCGGGAGGAGAAUGGUGAUCUACAAGCCGAAUGCUCGCGCUUGGAGGCAGAGUUAAAGGAGAGGAGAGAUCAGGUGAAGGAGCUAGAAGAGGCUCGGAAAAUGCUUCCGGGCGGGGACGAGGAUGGUGAAUGGCGCGAGAAGAUCACCGAGGAGCGGCGAGAGUGGUACAGGACCGGCACGGGUCGGGAAUUACAGGAGAUUUCCGCAAUCGAGGCGAAGCGUGGGCGCGCUUUGGACGAGCAAGUUCGCGCGCUCAGUGUCCAGGUGCAGCACAUCCCGCAUACCAACUUUGGCGGUCUGUACAGCCAUCCCAAUGCGUCCGGCAUGGAGUUUGAUCCCGCAGCGAUCACUCACUUAAACCAACGAAGCCGGGCGGGCAAUUCGAUCUCCAGCGUCUCCGUCCCGGCACAGCUGCCACCAUAUCCUCAAAUCGAUCAGGCGAUUGCGGCUCCUGCUGGCUUUGCCAGCUCGCGCUCUGCGAACGCCCCGCCCGGCUUCGCCCCGGGACCGUUUAUGGACCACUCUGAGCUCAGCCGCUUGGAUGAGCUAGGCUUAAGAACUGCCCCGCUCAGUCCAUCAGCCACCGCUCUUUUGCCAUCCAACCUCAUGGCGGAUAUUGACGACGAUGACCCCAGCCCGGUUUCCAGGUUUGGGCCGGACCCCUAUUUCCCGCCACAGCGGGCCUCCCCCGAGAACGACCCGCAGUCGCCCGCAUCCUCAGGAAGAUCGUUCAGCAUCUUCACAAGCCCACACGGUUCUUCGAGCAACCUUCCCUUUCCUCCUUUCCAGAACGAGACUUCGGAUCGCAUGUCGCUCAAUGCCGCCGCCACAGCUCCGUCUCCCGUCGCGACAGAACCCCCACCGAACAAGCUGAGCUCUUUCUUCCCUUUCCCACGGUCGAGGCCCGCCAAAGUCUCAGAGUCGGAAGGGCUAGGCGGCCUUCCGUUUGGUAGCCUCAAAUCCGGACAGAGCCAGUCGUUCCCGAGACAGGAGGACGACCCGAAUAGCCUGAUGAACAAGCGACGGAGCUGGGGUGUGUUCAACCGUAACUCGGUGGGCCCCGAGAUCACCGAGGGACAUGCGACGCAUUCCCGCAUGUUUUCCAGGAAUCUCAAUCCCUUUUCUAGCUCGCAUCGCGCCCCGGGUGGCUUGUUUCCGGAGAGGGACAAAGGCAGCCCACGCCCCGAGAGCAUCGCGUCUGCCGAGCUCCCUCGGCCGUCCACGGAUUCCGGCUCGAUUUGGGGGCCGCAGCCAGGCGACGCGGCGACAUUGGGGAAGCCCAGUCGCCUGUGGUCGCCCGACGCAUGGUCUAGGAACCCAUCCCGACGUCCAUCUCUCCACGGGUCGCCAUCGGCCCUGAAGACAACGCUCGCAUCGGCGGAUGAUGAGAUUCUCGGCGAGGAGAUGCUACCAAACGUCAACGAAGUGGGGGUAAUAGGCAGCCGCCCACCGAUGCAGUCCAAGAUCCCCCGCCUCAACCCCAAUGCGCCAGCGUUCAACAUCACCGCGUUCUUCAAGUCCAAACCCGACAAGGAAAAGGACAAGGAGAACAAGGAGAAGACCAAGGCCGAGAAGAAGGACAAGUCCAAAGCGAAGGAAUCCAAGGAGAAGUGCAAGAACGGUGAUGCGUCAGCAACGCCCGAGGUGCCGCAGGUCCCGACUUUCGACUUGGAAUCUCCACCGGAGUCACGUAUGUCUCGGGAUGGGUAUUCGGUACACACGCAGACGUCAGUUUCCGAAUCGCGGGACUCGCUCUCCCUGGAUCAGCCCUUCUCCAACGCGGGUUCGGAGCCCACCAGCGCGGGGCUGUCGAGCAGCUUCAAGGACGAUAAUGUGGUUCGCAAGCUGUUCCGAAAGGGCAGCUCGAGCAAGUUCAGCAUCGCCGGGCGGCUCGGCGGCAAGGAGUCGGGCCUGUUUAAGAAGGGCCCCAGCAGCACGGCCAGCGGCGGCGCCUCGGAAAAGGGGACCUCGAUAGAGCGAUCCAGCAUCGGCGACUUUGAGGACAUUGCCGACGAGGCGCUGAACCCGGCCUUCCUUGGGCGCAGUUACGAUAGCAUCACGAGCAGUCCCAGUCUGGCACCCGCGGUGACCGCCACCAAGAGCAAGGAGAUUAAGGCACCCUCGCGCUGGCUGAGCAACUUUGGCAAGAAGGGCAAGAAGGAAAAAGAGAGCUUGGACUUGGACAGAUCGCAGGUCUCGGAGCUCGACGGCCUCGCAGAGGAGAGCCACAAGUGAAAGGGGUAGUUAGGGGGUAGUUAAUGGAUGGCGUUGUAGGGUCUAUGCUACAGAGGUACAUAUGUCAGAGUGUAGAACCUUUGCAUAGACCUGCUGCAUAUAGUGGUACUUAGGUAGCUACUGCUCAAUAGACAGCGAGCAGCGUGGGCAU